CAAGUCGUCAGAGGGAAUUGCAACAGAGAACAGGCUAAUGGCGGCGGUCCUCCGAUGUAAACUUUAAUAGAAACAGCUUACGAUUCCUUAUAGAUUUGUUGGAGUAGUGAUAUGUCUUCGGGGAUGACAGGACAAACGCCCUGCCUAACCAGCCGUUGGGACCAGCCGGCCCAGCCCAAACAGAAUGUGGAUGUGCAGCAGCAGAGGAGCAUUAGAAAUGCACCUCUCCCUGUUUCGUUAUCAGAAGUCAACUCUGUUGGAUCAACCAGCACAGUCGGCCAGCCACAGGGAAUGGGGGAAAAUCCUCCACCUCAAGGAGGAGUUGAGAUGGCAGCAGCAAUGGCUGCUAAAAUUAAUGCCAUGUUGAUGGCUAAAGGGAAGCUUUUGACUCCUCCACCCUUACUUGCAAAGGCACCUUCAAGUAUUCAAACACCAACCACAGUGGAAGAGAUGGUGGUCACUGAGGUUGACAUAAAUGAUGUUCCAAUAAAUUGCAGAGACCUUCUUACUAAAGGCAAAACACAAGAAGAGAUUCGGCAGUUUAGCGGAGCUGUUGUGUCAACAAAAGGUCAUUAUAUGAGUGACAUUGUUAAGGAAAGUGGAGCAGGACAAAGACCUUUGUAUUUGCAUGUCCAAGGAAAGACUCAAGAGGAGGUCAACAAGGCUGUGAUAAGGAUAAAGGAGAUCAUCUCUGAGGAUGUUUUGCGGGCCUCUGCAGCAUCAGGGGGACAGCAGGUUCCCAUAAUGCCGCCUCUCACACUCUACCCUCAGCCUCCUCGACCUGUCGUUGCCACUCCCGUGCCACGGACCACCAACGCAGUGCCAGUCCAGGGACAUAGACCCGCUGCUCCUCACACGGGGAGUUUUGUGCACACAAAGAUUUUUGUGGGUCUGGACCAAGCGUUGACUUCAUUUAAUGUAAAGGAAAAGGUCGAGGGCCCAGGGGGUUCCUAUCUGAGUCACAUCCAAACCGAGACCGGUGCUCGAGUCUUCCUGCGAGGGAAGGGCUCUGGUUACAUUGAACAAGCAUCAAAGCGAGAGUCCUUUGAGCCUCUUUAUGUCUACGUCAGCCACCCGAACGCAGCCGGAUUGGAGUCUGCAAAGAAACUCACCGAGAGUCUGCUGGAAACCGUGAAAACUGAACACGCCCGAACAGUGUCGGCCUACACAGCUACAGGCUCAACGCAGCCUUAUGCAGCUCAAGGAUUUCCAUCUAAUAGCAAUUACCCUAACCAGGGGUCCUGGUAUAACUACCCAGCAAAUGGGUAUGCUGGCGGCUAUGCAGCGUAUCCAGGAGCUGGUGGUUAUUGGAGUAAUGCAAAAGGUCCCCCAAGUUCUAACAUGCCCACAAACCCUCCAUCUUCCCAGGCAAUGAUUCAGUAUCCAGUGUGUCCCAGGAAACCACACCCCUAUCUUGUCCAGGACCCAAGCAGCAGUGAGACAGUGGAGCCUGAAGGAUUUUUAAACACCCCCCUUGACUCAGGAAGUCCCAAACAUCUCCAAGAGGGGGCUAAGGAUGAACAGCCUUCCCGCUGUUCCUCAGAGGGUCCGGCUCAUCUGGAGUCCACCCUUCCUGCACCCAGCACGGGCGAGGACAAAGUGGUCGAUAGGUUUCUGAUGCCGCCACCUCCCCCGUCCUUUGUGGCUCCGGCUCCCGUCGCCCGCAAAAGGCCGAGAGACGCUCCGGCGGAGGACCCGGCCAGCCUGCCCCGCAGCACCGCCUCACUGGACGUUCCGGAGGACGCGUGCCCAAAGAAGACUAAAGUGAGCGUAGACGCUUCAAGGCUUGUGCCCUACGGUGGGGAUUCCUCUGAUGAAGAGGAGGAGAGGACACGCAGCAGUAAGACAGAAAACUCAUAA